UCCAAAAUUUCCAUUACCAAACACUCAACAACACACGGCGGUGGGUGAGGUCCAAGAAUGGCAACCACCACCACCACCACCUGUUCCACCUUCGGAUUGCCCAAACUCCUCCACUCCACCUUCACCCACAAUCUCAACCUUUCAUCUUCAUCAUCUCCUCCUUCCUCCAGAAACCACCCAUGGCUUUCUUCCAAUCCCAAACCAAGAACAACUGUAUCAAUUUCGUCGUGUUUGGUUGAUAGCUCUUCGGUCAAACCAGCUAGCCCCAAAGUUAGCGUUCAAACACGUAUGUGGAAUUGGAAAGGCUACUCGAUUCGGUAUCAGUGUGCUGGAAACAGUGGCCCUGCAUUGGUUUUGAUUCAUGGAUUCGGAGCAAACAGUGACCAUUGGAGGAAAAACAUCCCGGUUCUUGCAGAAUCACAUCGGGUAUUCGCAAUCGAUCUUAUCGGUUACGGUUACUCUGACAAACCGAAUCCCCGUGAGCUUGGAGACGCGCCUUUUUACACAUUUGAGACAUGGGGUGCACAACUGAACGAUUUUUGUACAGAUGUAGUUAAAGAUAAAGCAUUCUUUAUUUGCAAUUCAAUUGGAGGACUUGUCGGUCUUCAGGCGGCAGUGGCGGAUCCGAGCAUUUGUACGGGGGUCAUGGUUAUAAAUAUUUCGCUUCGGAUGCUUCAUAUAACGAAACAACCGUGGUAUGGAAGACCCUUGAUUAGAUCUUUCCAGAACUUAUUGAGGAAUACCCCUGUGGGAAAAUUCUUCUUUCAAACCGUUGCCACAAAAGAGUCGGUUAAGAACAUCCUUUGUCAGUGCUACCAUGAUACUUCACAAGUGACCGAUGAACUAGUGGACGCAAUUCUUCGUCCAGGGCUUGAGCCUGGCGCAGCCGACGUGUUUCUUGAGUUUAUUUGUUAUUCUGAUGGCCCGCUUCCGGAAGAAUUACUGCCUCAAGUAAAGUGUCCUGUGGUGGUAGUGUGGGGCGAUAAAGAUCCUUGGGAACCAAUUGAACUCGGAAGAGCUUAUGGUGAAUUUGACCCGGUUGAAGAUUUUAUAGCGCUCCCUGGUGUCGGUCACUGCCCUCAGGACGAAGCGCCUCAUCUGGUGAACCCGUUAGUCGAGUCUUUUGUGGCGCGCCAUGCAACAAUGAAAAGUUAGUUUUAUGUUAAUAUACUACAGUACAUUCUAUACUUGUUAAUUGAAACCACAGGGAAUUAUUACUGUUUUGUUCUUUGAAUCCGAGUGCAAAAUUUUUACCCAAA